AUGCCUCCACUCUCGCAUGCUUGGCAUUCCUUGAUUGCCAAACAUGCAAAGAGUCUGAAGUGAGCAAAGUCGACCCACUAGACAUCAGCUUCACGACUGACGGUGACGCAGGGCUGCCUUGUCGAAAGGCAUAAAGGCCGUCGACGCACAAUUGCAGCAGGCCACUCAGCCACGAGCUGCCCUCCAGCCUGUACUCGUUCGCAACACGCCAAAGCAACCGCUGCAUCCGCUCGCUCGCAUCAGACAAAGCCAGUCGCGCUGGUACUCCACCGCCCGUAAAUCGUUCGAUAGCACCGUUCGCCAUUUUACCUCUGCCGCGACUGGUAAGUCCGGCGUCAAAUACGACAAGGCUUCCUUCCCGAAAUCGACAGCCGGUUCAUAUGUUCGGUCAUCCUCUGGACGAGCCCCAUUUGCUUCCGCCUUGCGACCAAACUUGACGGGAGGUACCUUAGGAAGAACAGCAGGAGGAUACAGCUCUGGUGGAGCAGGAGGUGCGAGAUACUUCUCACAUGGACCAGCGUCUCAAGCGCAAGUGGUGCAGAACGUCUCGCAGGCUGUCCGAGCAUUCUUCAUCUCCGGCCAGAAGGCACAGUUCGAUGGGAUCGACACAAAUGGCGAAAAGCGCUUCAAGGCUGUCUCCAAUUUGCAGGAAGAGACGGAUCGGAAAGUGCGCUCGCUACCUUCGGCCACUCCUGGAUCCCGCAUCGAGUUCGCUAUCAACCCUACCAUUACUGCCCUUACGACCUUGAGCUCUGUUGCUGGUUUUACUGUUUUGGAGUCUGGAACUCAACAGGACCACCUUAACACUGAUGGUCUCUUGAACGUGCUCUCAGUCGAUUUCUCGAGGGCCCUUAAGGAUCUUGCGGCAGUACUCAAUAACCUGAAGCGCCUUUCGGCUCUCGGGGAUCUUCCAAUCACUUACGAGGGAUCGCACUUGCGCGUACAUUUCCCCGGAUGCGAUGCGGACUCGGUAGAGCGUCUCUGCGACGAGCUGAACGUGCAAAGAGGCACUGUCAUCCAAGACGAAGCGUUUGAUGCGUUCGCUGGAACCGAAAUUGCGCUGCUGUUCCCGUUCGCGCCGGGCAACGAAUCUUCGCAACCCGCAGAGGAAUCCGAUUGUCAGGAUCUGUUCGAACAGGCCAAACCUGUCAUGGCUCCACAACGGCAUGUCAUCAGUCUCGAUGAUAUGCUCAGCGCCGCUGAAAGCCCCGCAUACUCCACCCAAUCCGAUACCGGGUUCGAGGACGUGUUGAUGGAGGAGAGCCCGUGGCUACCUUCGUCCUCAUCCGGAUAUCAUUCAGUACAUUCGGCGAGCUUGUCUGGUUCAGAGAAGCAAACCCCGCUGGAGUACCAAGGCUUCGAGGGAAUCUACAGAUUCAUCGAGGAGUUGGAUUCGGUGCGGAGGUAG